AUGGUUGUGACAGUCGAUGAUAUUGUGGAUCAAUUGUGGAGUGAAAACAAACGGCUUAUGAAUGAGUUAUUGUUUGCCAAUAAAUGUCUCAAAAUUUUGGAUGAAUUAAAAACUGAAUUGAAUUUGAUUUACAAUAAGUUUUGGACACAACUCAUCACUGAAGACACGUUCAAUCAUUUGAGACAUCAAUUGAAUUAUAUUUGCGAUCAAAGAAGAGAUAAAGGAUUGCAUUUAAAUGAUGUCAACUUAGAUGAAAAUAAUGAACAAAGAUGUAAAUCAAAGACAACAAUGAAUGACAUAAGUAGUGAUGAUAUGAAUGAAACACAAGAUUUUGACAUUGAUUUGGAAGAAGACAUCGAUGAAGAAAAUAGACAAAACAAAACAAAUCAAGUGAUGGAUAAUAGGAUCCAAUUGAAUGAUAAUAUCAGACGUGAAGAAAAUAUAGUUGAAAUAAAUAAAUCAAAUAAUACAGAAAUUAUAGCAAAUGAGGCCAAAAAUAAUAACACAUUAAGUAAAGACAAAGAUAUUUUGAAACAUCAGUCAAACAAUAAGACAAUUAAUCUUUCAAUGCUUUGUAAUAAAAAGGAUAAUAUUAUUGAAUACAAGUGUCUGGACUGUGACAACAAAUUUUUGACACGAAAUGCUUUAACUGAUCACAUGUUUAACAGUCAUAAGAAACGAUUGGUAUUUCAAGAUAAUUGUAUUAAUCAACAAAACAUUGAUUUGCAAACAAAGAAUAAUACAAACAAUGAUUUGAUGGCCAAAAAUGUUACAAAAAGUGGCCAUAAAAUCAUUAGUAAUCAAGUGAAGAAAAGGCAAUCAAAUAAAAAGAUUUCUAAAGAAAUUGUGUCUAAAGUUAACAAUAGUUUGAUCCGUAAAGAUAGCAAUGUUGAAGAAAUAAGAAAUAAAGUUAAUUUGAAUAACCAUAAGACAAAUGACAAGACAGUCAACAAUUCAAUAUUACUAAUAAAUAAUAUAAUGGAUCCGAAUCUGAUAUAUAAGUGUUUCUACUGUCAGAAGAAGUUUAUAUCAUCUAAUCUUCUGAUUGAUCACAUGUUUUCUGAUCACAAAAAUAUAAUGUUAUUAGAGGUUAAUCCCAGUACUAGUGGUCAACAAAUAUCUUCAUCGCAGACAAAAUCGCAGACAAUUAUUGGUGACAAAAAUAACAGUAAGAUUAAUAAAAAUGAAGAAUCAGUGACAACCAAUCAACAGUCAUCGACAUACAGACGGCCUGUCAGUUACCUCCAGUCUAAACCUGGAGGAUAUAAGUGUCUGAAUAGCGAGUGUCAGCAGAAAUUCAAAUCGAUUCGGGAGUAUUGUAAACAUCAGUCGACAUAUGUGGUCACAUGCCCUCAAUGCGGCAAAAAGUACAGAAGCCAGAGAUCAUAUGUCAAUCACCAAAAGAAAGAACACGGAGUUGGCGGCGAAUUGCCGUACAAAUGCGAUUACAUCGGUUGCAACUAUAGGACGGCGGAAUUGUAUGCGAUUCGAAAUCACCGAUCGGUUACUCACUCGAAUAAGAGGCCGUUUGUCUGUAAUUUCGACGGUUGCGGUAAAUUGUUUAAAACGACAAGUGGUCUAUACUCGCAUCGGGCGACACAUUCGGAAAAGAAAUAUAUCUGCAAUGCCGACGGCUGUCACAAACGAUUCAAAAGUAAGAAACAAUAUGGCCGUCAUUUGGCCGGACACAUGUCAGAGCCGACACUCAAGUGUCCCGAUAAGGAUUGUCGGCAACUGUUUUAUACGGAUAGAGAGAUUUACAGACAUCGUAUCGAUGAUCAUAAACGUAAAUAUAGGCAAAAUCGCAAAAGAUUAUACAAACGGUGCGAUUGGCCGGGUUGUGACUAUUAUGGAUUAGGAUUGAAAAUACACAAGACUAGACAUACGGGUGAGAAAAACUUUGCGUGUGAUUGGCCUGAAUGUGGUAAACGUUUUGUCGGCAAAUUUAAACUCAUUGAACACAUGAAUAUUCAUAACAAUGUUAAACCGUUUGCUUGUCGUUGGCCGGGAUGUGAGUACCGGUGCGCUAAUCAUUCAAAUAUAAGCAAACAUAUAAAACAAGUGCACAAAAAACAAUGAUUAUUAACCUA